CUCUUUAUUUGAUUAAGGUUAAACAGUGACCAUAUGGUAUUAGGUUCUAGCCUUACCUUCGACCCUGCUUUAUAAAUAUGCCUCUUUCUACGAGUUCCUUAUUUCUCUCUCUUUUACAGUAAGGUUAAAAAGGCACCAUGUAUUCAGGGCUUUUUUGGAGUUUGUGUUUUUUGAUGAUUUUAAGCCAUUGUCCCUUUCUAAAUGGUGCUGACAGUUGCCCUAAUAAUAAUCUGAGUAUAAAGGAUGGCAGUUUCACCCUCUCUAAAUCAUAUAAUGAUGGUAGUAUAUUGAGAUACAUCUGCCCGGUGGGUUUUUAUCCAGGACCUAUAAAAAAGCUUCAAUGUUUUGGCCAGUGGGAUCCUGAACCCUCGUCAAAGCAAGAAUGCAAGAAGGUCACAUGUCCUAAUCCGAAAGUUUUAGAGAACGGAGUGGUAAUACCUUUUAAAAAGAUCUACUACGUGAAUGACACAACCAAAUACAGGUGUAAUUCUGAUUACACGUUUCGAGGCUCUGCCACCCGUGAGUGUCGCAAUGGGAAGUGGAGUGGUGGCACACCAAUUUGUAGUCGUAGCACUGAUCACUGCCCAGACCCUGGCACUCCACCUGGGGCCAGCAGAAAGGGUAACAUUUUCAACAUUGAUGAUAAAGUUACCUACACUUGUGGUACGAAUCUCAAACUAAUUGGAUCCAAAGUGCGUGUGUGUCAAGAUGGUGGUCUUUGGUCAGGAAAAGAACCGGAGUGUUAUGCUGAUUUCACAUACGACACUCCUGGAGAAGUAGCAGAGGCAUUUGGCAGUUCACUAAAAACUACUGUAACCAUGUAUGAGGAAUCAGCAGGUCAAGCUGGAAAGAAAAUACAUUUGAACCAGGGAGAUAAAAUUGAUAUCUAUAUUGCCUUGGAUGCAUCUGACAGCAUAGAUGAAAAGGAUUUUGAUAGGACAAAGGACAUCAUUAAGAAGCUCAUAAAAAAGAUAAGCUAUUAUGAGGUCACUCCAAAUUAUGAAAUCCUAAUUUUUACCACACAUGUGACACACAUUAUUAAAAUGACUGAUCAAAAAAGAGGAAACCCAACCAAGUUAAAGGACAUUAUUGAAAAGCUAGAUAAUUACAAAUAUUCUGAUAAAGGAGAUAAAACAGGAACCAACAUUUACAAUGCUUAUGAAAAAAUACUAGAGAGCAUCAGUUUGGAGGAAGCACACAAUAAAGUCAAAUUUGAUGAGACACAGCACGUCAUAAUCAUGUUUACCGAUGGUGUUUACAAUUCGGGAGGAAACCCCAAAGAUGCUGUUAAUCUUAUCAGGGAAAAAGUAAUCAGAAAUAAUCAAACCCGGGAUAAAUAUCUUGACCUUUAUGCUUUUGGAGUUGGUGAAGAUAUUGAGGCAGAGAAAAUGGACGAGUGGGUGUCAAAAAGAAAUAUCAAUGAGAAGUAUUUUUUUAAACUCCCAAACAUGGAAGAAGUUGAAGAGACAUUAGAUAAAAUGAUUGAUGAAGGUACUAGUAUGGUUCUGUGUGGACUCUAUAAAACCUACUUUGAUGCUGGACUUAAAUCAAGCAUGCGCCUCAUUUACCCCUGGCUGGUAAAGAUAACUAUAACGUAUAACGGUAACACAGCAAAUUGUAUCGGAUCGUUGGUCACUCCCAGGUUUAUUCUGACUGCUGCCCAUUGCUUCAGGUUUGAUGAUGAGUGUGACCAAAUUAAACUAGAGGCUCUCCAUUCCAAAGAUACUCAGAUGCCAGGAGUGGAGAAGUUCUUUCUUCAUGAAAAAUUUGACAUCAAAAAGACAAGACCAGGGAUUAAAGAGUUUUAUGAAUAUGAUGUAGCACUCAUUCAGUUAAAGGAAGGUAUAAAAAUCAGUCAUGACCUCAGAACUAUCUGUGUUCCCUGCACUCAGGAGGCACAUGGAGCUCUACAACUGCCUGCCAGCGAAGCAUCAUGUGCAAAACAUAAGGAGGUGCUGUUGGACAGUGAUCUCGUUAACGCACAUUUCAUAACCCAUGAGGCUGUAAAUAAGGACAGUCCAAAACAACAAGUCCUAAUCAAACAAAACCAAUUGAGAGAUAGCUGUAUUGAACAGACCAUGAAUAUGUUAAAUGUCGAAAAAGGAAUUGCAGAGCAGAUGGCUACAGAUAACUUUUUAUGCACUGGUGGAGAGACUCAGAAUUUUGAAGAUGCUAUCACUUGCAAAGGUGACUCUGGUGGUCCUUUGGUUGUGGAAAGGAAUCGGUUGUUCCAGGUCGGAAUCAUCAGCUGGGGUCUGAAAAUAUGUGAUUCCGAUGAACCUAAUAGAGAUGGCAGAGACUUCCAUGUCCACCUUUUUAAUCCAGAAGUGCAAACGUUUCUUAAAAAACACCUGGGUGACGAGAAUAUAGAUACGCCUCUAACCUUUUUUUAAAUGUUUGUUGGAUAACAAUUUAAACUUUCUGUAAACAUUUUAUUCGGUUCUUGUUUUGCAUCUUUACUUAAUAGCUACUUAAAAUAAAGAUUUUCGCAUUAGUGUAUUCAACAGGGACAUUAUGACAAUACAAUUUUGUUUUGCAUAUUUAGGUUUAUUGGUGUUAUAUGUUGAGUAAUUAUUAUUACUUAUCUAAUAAAAUAUUUCCUUGAAGAUGCUGUAAAAACAUGAACCCUGUCCUAUGUUUGCAAAUGUCUAGAACAUUAAUGAUUUGUUUAGGCCUAUGAAUUAGAUCAUUUUGAUAUAUCUUGAUUCUUACUGGCAAAAUAAAAACAAAAAUAGUUAAAAUGUUAUAGCAUGUAGUUCAUAUAUACAACACACAUUCAGUAGUUUUUUGUUAUUUUGAUCAUCUUCA